AUGGCGAGCCACAUAGAUGACCCUCGAAUCGAAGCGGCCCUCGCAAGAAGCCUUGAACUAGGCGAGACCGCUGUCGCUGUCGCCGCAUAUCACAAAGGAGAACUCAUAGUUGACGCCUUCGCCGGAAUAUCAGAUAAAGAGACCGGCCGCCGGGCAGAUGAACGCUCCUUGUAUCCUGUAUUUUCGGUCACCAAGGGUGUCACGGCAUUGGCGGUGCACAUGCAAGCCGACCGUGGGUUACUGGAACUCGACGCCCCGAUAUCUCGAUACUGGCCCGAGUUCGCCGCCAAUGGAAAAGAAUCCAUCACCGUGGAACAGGCGCUCUCCCACCGGGCUGGAAUCCCUCAGAUGCCCGCUGGAGUAACACCAGAGCUCAUGGCCAACUGGGACUGGAUGGUCGAUCGGAUCGCCAAAUUUACUCCCGUCUUUCCCCCUGGGACCGCAAAUGCUUACCACGUCCUGGUCUGGGGCUGGGUCCUGGGGGAAGUGGUGUGCCGAACUGACCCGAAGAAGCGGCGAUUUGAAAAGUUUGUGGGAGAGGAGAUCUGCCAGCCGUUGGGUAUUACCGAUUUCCAUCUCGGGGUCCCUCCAGAGGCACUGUCUAAUGUGGUGACGCUUUACGGAGGCAACUCCUUCCCCAUCGUCGACCAUCACGGUAUCUGCCCCAUGUCCGUGUUCCCGGGUGCCGACAUCCACAACCGUCCGAUUAUUCGGCAGUGUGUGGAUCCCGGGGCUGGGGCCAUUGCCACUGCCUCAGCGGUAGCUCGAAUCUUCGCUCUCAUCGCCAACGGAGGCGAACUUGAUGGGGUACGCCUCUUGUCAAACGAUAGAGUUAAAGGCCUGGGAAAGCCGAGAGAAAACGCUCAUGAUCCGGACAAGAUCCUUCCUAUUCCUGUGUGGUUCGGCGCCAGCGGAUUCUGGCUCGGCGGUGAGGUGGGACAAUCUGACCCCCUUGUCGGUGAUCACCGCGAUAUCGUCUACAGUCCUGGAGCUGGAGGAACCGUCGCUUGGGCUGAUUUCCGUGAUGGUAUUGCGGUGGCUCUUUGCCAUAACAACAUGGAGACCCCGGCCAUCCUGGAACCUGAAAGGACCUUUGCGCCGAUUGUCAAAGCGAUCCGCGAAAUCAUCGGUGAGAGAGCGAAUAGAUGA